AUGGAAGUUUUAGCGCCAUCGUCGUUCAAGGCAUACGCCGCAUACCUCGUAAUUGCUGUGGUGGUCCUCCGUCUAAUCACCAAUCGCUUCUGUAGGGGGCUUGCAGGAAUUCCGGGACCUGCAAUCGCCAAAUGGACUCGUCUGUGGAAGUUACACAGUGUGUGGAAGGGCGACCACCACAAUACAGCCAUUGACUUACAUCGCAAGCAUGGACCGCUGGUACGCAUUGGUCCGAAGCACAUAUCUGUUGGAGACCCCAGUGCUAUUCCGAUUAUCUACGGUCUCAACAAGGGGUUCACAAAGACCGGAUUCUAUCCUAUUCAGUGCAUAUCAUGGAACAAAAAGCCCCAGAUGAACCUCUUCUCCACCCGCGACGAGAUGUUCCAUCGUGAGCAGAAGCGGCCGGUGGCAAACGCCUACAGCAUGACCUCGCUUCUCGAGCUUGAAUCUGCAGUGGACUCCUGCACAGAUAUCUUUAUCAAGCAGCUGGCGAGAUUUGCGAAUAGCAAAAAGCCCGUCGACUUGGGAAUGUGGCUGCAAUACUAUGCCUUUGACGUGGUCGGGGAAUUCACGUUCUCCAAGAAGCUCGGCUUUCUGCAGGAGGGGAAGGAUGUCGACGGCAUGAUUGAAGCGAUUCAGGGGAUGCUGGUGUAUGCUAGUGUGUGUGGCCAGAUCCCCGAGGCUCAUCCGCUGCUACUGGGAAAUCCUCUUUUCCCGCUGUUCAUGCCCAGCAUGGAGACGUGGAACCAGGUCUUGAAUUUUACGCUCAAGGCUAUCAAUUCGCGAGCAUCGCUUCAGCGAGACGGCGAGCUCGAUUCGGGGGAGAAGCCCGAAGUAGGGAAGGACAUGCUGUCCAGGUGGAUGGCAAUCCAUGCGUCUGAUCCCGAGAAGCUUUCCACCCGGGAUGUCAUCGUCCAUCUUUCGACGAAUGUUUUCGCCGGUUCAGACACCACUGCCAUCGCUCUGCGGGCCGUCUUCUAUCUCCUUCUUCGCAACCCGUCGGCUAUGGCGAAGCUGAACGCCGAGAUCGAUAAUGCCGACCGAGAGGGAAAACUAAGCAAGCCGAUUUCCAACAGAGAAUCCAUGAACCACCUGCCCUACCUUCAGGCCGUUCUCAAGGAGGCAAUGCGACUACAUCCAUCCGUCGGGCUGAUACUCGAGCGUGAAGUGCCCAAGGGAGGCGUCACCAUCUGUGACAGGCAUAUUCCUGGUGGAACCGUGGUUGGUAUCAACGCAUGGGUUCUCCACAGGGAUGCCAGGGUCUUCCCCGAUCCUGGCAAGUUCAUUCCUGAGCGGUGGAUCGACAGCGAUCCGCAGCUGUUGAAGAAGAUGGAACAGAGCUUCUUUGCGUUUGGUGCCGGGUCCCGGACUUGCAUUGGCAAGAAUAUCUCGCUUAUCGAGAUGCAUAAGAUUAUUCCGCAGCUGUUGCGGGAGUUUGAAAUCCGUCUGCAUAGCCCAGAGAAGGAGUGGAAGACGAAGAAUGUAUGGUUUGUGCAGCAGGAGGGAUUGAUAUGUGACCUUGUACGGAAGAGGGAUGUGAAGUGA